ACAAAUUGGAGUGAGCCCGGGGUGCUCAGGUCCAUUUGAACACAAAUAACCCGAUCCCAAGUUGAUAAAUAAGGGCAUGAAAGUUGGUUCGGACAUUACAAAUACCCGAUCCCAAAUUGAUAAAUAAGGGCGAGUGAAAGUUGGUUCGAACAUUACAAAUAAUUAUCUUAUUAAAAUUGCAAAUUGCACUAGUGAUGCAUAUGCUAUAUAUUAACAAAUUAAUAUAAUAGUAGAUUUUUAUAUUGACUGAAGAUCUAAUGGCGUGGCUCUUAUAACCAAUUCCUGAAAGAAGGAAUGGAGGAAGGAGAUGAUUGGAUAGCCCCUGAUAAGCUCUACCACAUACUCUUCUGCUUCUUCAUUGCUAUCAUUUCAUCUUUUCUCGCGGAAAGAACUCGCUACCCUUUCAUCCGCCGCCGGAGCAUCUGGGUCGGAUCUAUUGUUUCACUCGCUGCCGGCGCCGCUAAGGAGGUUGCCGACGAACUGGGUUUUUUCAGGUCAGCAGGUGCAUCUACCAAGGACGCUGUUGCCGACGUCUUUGGUACUCUUAUCGCUGCUCUCGCAUUUUCUCUCUACAAAUCAUCCUUCAUACGCCGGAGACCCGAUCAAUCUGUUCAAGCUAAAGUACUCCAGAUGGUUUAAUCUGUUGCUUGGAAUAAUAAAAAGAAUCAGAUGAUUCGGGAAGGCUUUGGAUGAUUGUCUCUGUCUUCAUCAGGCAGUUUGACAGCAGAGUAAACGCCUGCCCCAAUGAGAGCGCCAAGAAUUGGAGCAGUAAGGUAGAUCCAGAUGGCUUUAUAGUUUCCUACUGCUACUGCUGGUCCGAGGGUUCUCACGGGAUUCAUUGAAGCCCCAGUUGUCUCCCUAAAACACAAGAAUAUACAAAUUGUGAGAAAGACCGUAAACUACUCUCUUUUUUUCUUUCACAAGCUACUAAGUGAUUCCUACGGAAGCUGUCACUAUUUCGUUAUUGUAUAUGUAUUACUUCCUUGAUUUUUCGUUCAUUUUAUGUCACGUCUUGUUUAGACAGAGUAACCAUGUGCUGUACCAAGUGUAAGAUGUAUUGAAAUUAUUGUUGAAUAAAUAUUUUGAGAAUUGAAUUGUUGUUA